AUGUCUCGUCGGGAGCCCCGUCCGCGCGGCGCUCUCAACCACGCUCUACACCGUGCGUAUGACGCACUUUUUCCACACCGACGUCGUGACCCUGCACGCUUGGAGGAAUCUCGUCGGGUCGACACCGAUCGUUCAUCUGGACAGCCUCCUUCUGCAGCGAGUCUUCAGCCACCAUCCGGGACUUCUCUUCCCAUGGGUCAUGAACCCACGCUAACACCGGCCGCUCCGACCGCUGCGACUCCUUCCGCCACGCUUCAGGCUGAGACUCAAUCUUCGGCCUUAGUUCCCGUCGCUUCUCCAGCUCCUGCCGAGCCUUCGGAGGUGUUGACCGUGGAUUCGCUGCGCGAUCUUCUCGCUGAGUCUGCGGUUCAGUGCCAUAAGGGACUCAGCGACAGAACGUGGACGAAGUUGAAGGACGCUCUUCUCCUGCGGUAUGGAGAACGACCGGAUCUCGCUCAGGCGGAAUGGAGAGUGAUGCAGCGGACCAUGAUGCCUGGAGAAACGUUCGCUGACUUUGCAGCAGGACUCCGUGAUGCAGCUGGUCAGAACCGACUGGUCAAGUUGGAAUCGGCGCCAACAACGCUGGGCGAAGCUGUCAACACGGCGAUGAAGAUCGAUGACUCGAGCUACAACGUAGCCCUCGGCAUGAUCAACAACGGCCAAGCGUGGGCCAUGAAUCCGGCACAGACGGCGGUACAAAUGGACGACGAAGACGCAAGCAGCAACGAGGAAGCAGAAGUUCCAUCGUCGCCACCACGGAAGAAGAAUCGAAACGCACGUGUACGACAGACGAAGGCGCCGGACAAGACACCGGGGUUCAAGCCACCCAAUUCGGAACGACCCGGCGGCAAGCGCCCAGGUGAGGAAAGCAAGUGUUAUGCGUGUGGGCAAUCUGGUCACUUCGCGAGGGACUGCAUCGACCCCGCAGCGCAGCCCCGGAACGAGGCCUAUCUCGCAGAACGCAAGGCUCGGCAAACGUCGGCGGAAAACGACAGUCGGGCGUAG